CGUCUCCUUGAUUUGAUCGAUGUAGGAUGCUCAAUCUUUUACUACUACGCUGUAGGUAUAGUUUUGGCCACAGUUUUGGCUGCUGGUGUUCAGGACCGGAAGUUCCUCUCUGAACCACAAUACAGGGGCUUGUUGCUAUAGCGUAAUAGCAAAAGCAAGGUGUGGUCGUCCCUAAGAUCUCCGAAUGGGGAAUAUAUCUAUCACGAGGCGAGCUGUCGACUAUCUGGGAGACCCGUUCCUCGUCCGGACCAUCCAGGAACAGUUGGGGGUAAAGCAGAUAGCGGACCACAAUGAGUUUUCAGACGCCCCUUCACCUCGGCGGUCGCUGGCGAGUGCAAAGCCGAGGCCGGGCAGCGAUGACGAAGCCAGUGGCGGGAGCGGUGCCAGCGCCGCAGCCAGCGCUGCAGGCAACGGACUCGUAAACGGCUACAGAUGGCUCUCCAGCAAGACGCGGAAGCGCGUAACGUCGCCGGAGUCCACGAGCCCCGCACCUUCCCCGGAGCCAUUGGAGAUGGUGGUGGAGAUUUAUCCCCUGCUCAACAUCUUCUUUCGGUUGGCGACCGAGCUGGGUCACGAGCCGUUCUACAUAACCUACUUCCCUUUCCUCGUGUGGAACGCAGACACGGCCCUGGGUCGCCACACAGUCAUGGUUUGGUGCAUCUCGAUGUACGUCGGCCAGGCCUGCAAGGUCCUCUUCAAGUGGAAACGUCCCGCGUGUCCGCCGGCCAUUCGCCUCGUUACGAACCCUGUCCUGGAAACAGAAUACGGACUUCCAUCAACCCAUGCCACCGUCGCAACAACUAUACCAUUCUAUAGUCUCUACUUUCUCUAUUACCGCUAUAACUUGUCACUGUGGUUUGGACUGCCUGUGGCAUUGUUCUGGUGUCUGUCAGUGUGCCUCAGCAGAGUGUAUCUUGGAGUUCACACAGUGCUGGUGAGGAAGGAGAAAAUGCUUGCACAGUGACAUUAGAUCAACACUACUGGUAGGAGAAGAUGGUGUCAGUCAAGGCACCAUGCGACUGCAAACAGGAGCAUCCUAAGCAUCUGUCGCAUUCCUCAACAGCAGUAGAUAAGUAGAGAACAUUGCUGACGUGCUGGCCGGAUUAUUAGUUGCAAUAAUCAUGUUGGUCCUCUGCUUGCCAGCAAUCACAUACCUGGACUGGUUCGUUUUCGACUUUGAGUAUACCCUGAUUGCUGCACCCCUGUUUGUCAUCCUCCUCCUCUACGUGUAUCCCGUGGAGGCUGAUAAGUGGUCCAUGGAUCGUGGGGACACUGCUGCCAUACUUGGAGUGGGGCUAGGUACUCUUCUCGGUUUCCACUUACAUGGUCGGUUCCCCGAUGACAUUGGGACGGGAGGAUUCGAGGUGGCCCUACCCUCACUGCAAGUGGUGGGCGUGAGCAUUGUGAGGUUCGUGGUGGGCGUUCUUCUACUCCUGCCCACCAGGUUUAUCAUGAAACUGCUGUGUUUCCGACUGCUCCCACUCAUCAUGCCGACUCACGGAGUACAGGAGGUGGUAAAGAGACCGCUGGUCGAACUGCCAUACAAGAUCAUCACGUACAGUAUGAUUUCUCUGAAUAUCAUUUUCUCUGUGUAUGUCUUUGAUCUGUGCAAUAUUUCUCGAUAUUAAAUUUGUUGUCAUGAGCAAAGAAAUUUUUUUUAUAGUGGUACAUGCCCCUGCCUCUAUUAAAUUCUGUCAUUGAUUAGAUUGAGGUGGCAAUAUGAAUCAUAUGGAUGCUCUUGCAAGAUAUGUAGUAGGAAAUUGCCCCUCUUACUGUUGUCAGUGGUAUGCACCAUUAUAUCAUUCAUGGAAUGACACAUUAAUUUAGCAAAAGCAGCUCUAUAAUGGUUUGUGCUCUCUUUUCAAUUUGCCUGUUCAAAUGUUUCAC